UUUUACGACCAUGUUUUUACGUCAUUGCGUACUCUUUUACGGCAACAGUCACUCAAAAUGGAGUAACCAGCAAAAACAUCAAGCUUGCUUGCUAAUUAAUUAGGGGUAUCAUCUUAUCUCUAAAGUUAAAUUCAUCGUAUUACUGAGGUAAUAAUUUUAUCAGUAUGGCUGAUAAGAAGAAACCGGACUCUUUCCAUUACUUCAUGAGUUACGAUGAUUUGAGUGACAGUAGCGAUAGUAACAGCAGCGAUUCUGAUGAAGCGGGCCAGAAGAAAUCAAGGGGGAAGGGGGGAACCGAUGCUACUGGAAGCGGUAGCAAAUCCCCCCAACACGGGACCAAGCGGGCUGCCAGUGGAGCUCCUCUACCAAAACCCGACGAGCUCUUCAAAUCGGUCUCUAAGCCGUCCUUUCUGUACAACCCGCUGAAUAAACAGAUCGAUUGGGAGAGCCGCGCCGUGAAAGCUCCAGAAGAGCCUGCAAAGGAGUUCAAGGUGUGGAAGACUAACGCGGUGCCCCCUCAGACCUACGCCGCGGAAGCGGAGAAGCCCAAGAAGGGAGCUCCCCCAGGGAUGGACAUGGCCAUAAAGUGGUCCAACAUCUAUGAAGAUAACGGAGAAGACGCUCCGCAGCCUCACACCGGCAAUGCUGUCUUCCUGCCCACAGAGGAACAGCCAUCAGAUUCCGACGAGGACGGAGACAAGGCCUCUGCGAAGAAGCGUAGGGUGGAGAGCUUCCAGCAGAAGGAGAAAAGGAAGAGGGAUCUGGGCCAGGCCACAUCUGACAAGAGUUUCGUAGAGGAAGAGAAGAGGAUCCUCAGGCAGAAUGCGGAUUGAGGCCCAGAUCUGGUGUGAAGCUCGGGUCUGGCUGCCCUAAGCCUCUGACUGUCCUGCAGCUUUACCCCAGACACCCAACACUUUCCCUUCUUCUCCUCUGUGUCCAGCCCCUGGUUAUGUGAAUGGUCCAGUACUCGUCUACCUAGGGCACAUGAUAUAGAUGUUAUUGUUCUGAAAACAUUUGGACUGUUAUUUUUAAUCCCUUGUCAUAUCUUUGAGCAUAUUAUCCAAACACUAGUGGAAAACGCACGUAGGUGUCUAGGUAUUGAUCAAUGUUUCGUUGUAAAUACACGACCACCUGAUCUACAUAAUAUAGUCUGGAUUUGGAUUAAUGUCUCUGGACUGCGUUGGGCAAAUCAAUGUGUUCAUCUGUUUGGAUCAUGAGCAGAUGUAUUUUUUUAUAUGGCAACUUAUUUUUGAAAAGCAAGAAAUGUAUGGUAAAUACAUUUAGAUUAUUACUGUCUCUACAUGUCUCUGUUGGUGAGACAUUAGGUCAAGAAAGACUGCAUUUACUAGAGUAAUAAACUGUUCCUCAACAUGUAAUAUUCGCUAGAUGGCAGCCUUGGGCCACAUUUGGUACACAACCUUUUCACUGGGGGGAGUAGUAUCUUAAAUGUUGCCAUGUCUUUUAAUGCGUCUAUACAAUAUGUAUACAGUUAACCACACACUGACAGUUUUGUCUGUUUUGUAGUAAAUUCCGUUGUCUUACACAACUGAUGCAAUAAAUGGAAUGUGAAUAUAAGGCUUGCUGAUUGGCUCUGUCUUAUCUUGAACUUAGAAAUCAGUAUUGAUGUGAGAGUACUAGUAACACAAGCAUAACUCUACUGAACAAAACAAAAUGGUGUGUUUUGGAUCUUAAUGCUCAAAGUGCUAUAUUUAAGCAAUAAGGCACGUGGGGGUGUGGCAUAUGGCCUAUAUACCACAGCUAAGGGCUGUUCCAUUAUAAACUGGUUACCAGCGUAAUUAGAGCAGUUAAAAUGUUGUCAUACCCAUGGUAUAUGGGCUUAUAUAGCAUGGCUGUCAGCCAAUCACCACUCAGGGCUGAAACCACCCAGUUUAUAAUGUGAAAAGUGUGUGGCUUUUGUUGUCGAGAGUAACUUAAAACUACUUUUGGUCAUUCUGUACAGGCAGUGUACUUCAGAUAAGUCAAGGAUGUUUCUCAUUACAUGGAAACACCUGAGAAGUUAUUCUGUCAAACAUUAACCCAUGUUCUGGAUUUUUUUUUGUUAUGACUAAAAGUCCUUUUAUAGCUACUCAUUUAAAAUGAAACUACACCUUGGUGAUAUGGGCAUACUGCACUGUUAAUGAAUACAGUGUUCCUUUGGUCUUACAUUGACUUUGUUCAUAUUAAAUACAUUGACUUGUUUUUAUAACCUG